CGAGCCCGAGCCCUUGCCCUUGCCCCGGAGGCCUGUGAGAGGCGGGUUAAUUAGCAGCUUCUUAAUUAAUUAGCUACUAAUUAAAUUCCCCUCUGCCUUUUUAAUUACCCUACUCUUCUCUCUUCCUCUCUAGCGCCUUUCCAUCAGAUCAAAGUUUGAGAAAUUUCCAUCACUAAUAAUCACCUUUUAUUUUGAUCAAACAAUCCACAUCCUUUGAUCUCCUCUCCUGCAAUUUUUUCUUCUUUUUUGCAAGUGUUUUUGCUCUGUUCAUCAUCAAGUGAUCAUAUCAACACGUUCUUGAUGCAGAGUUUCCACAACUAGCUUUGCCUCUUGAUUUCUUGGCUUCAGAUCGAUCCAUCCAUCGAUGGAGAACGUCCUCCUCAUCGGCCAAGUCACCGGCGGCGGCUUCGACGACUACUUCGGCCGGCGGCUCGCCGUGGCGCCGCCGCCACCGCCUCGUAGAAGCAUCCAGGGCAGCUUCACUUUUGCUGCUCCAUCUCCUCCUCCGUUUCAGUACACGACUUACGAGGCGGCGUCGCUGUACUCCUCGCUCUCUCUCCCACUACACCUGCCUUACACCUACUACGCGGCGGCGGCGGCGGCGUCGGCUCCGGCGACGGCGACGCCUCUCCUCCCUCGCAUGCUGCCGCCUCUGCCGCCGUCAGCCACGGUUGUGAGGAGGAGGAUUAAGAAGCCGAGGACGCCGAGGUCGGGGGAGGGGCAGGCGAGGGCGCCGCAGCGGAGGAGGCCGCUGGAGAGGGCGGCGCCGCUGCCGCCGCCGGCGGCGGUGGCGGAGGCGCUCGACGACCUGGAGCGGGAGGUGACGCGGGGGUUCGUGGAGGACCUCCUGCACGCGCUGGCGCCGCCGCCCAGCAGCCUGCCGCUGCCCACCUUCUCCCUCGUCAGGGCCGCCGCCGCAAAGGCCGCCGCCUCCUGCGCCGUGUAGAACGCCGUCGGCGAGGGAAGGACGUCCACGCCGGCGUUGACCGCCGCCGCCGCCGCCGCCUCAUUCGCACCGAUAUUUAUGCAUGCGAGAUUUGCCGGCGGUGGUGGUUUUUACUAUUAUUCAUGUUUUUAAUUUCUGGUGUCUCUCUAUUUUUCCAUUUCUUUCUCCAAGACUUUUUUUUCUUUGGAUGGAAGAAAUGGUGAAAAAAAAAGUGUGUAUUUUUUCUUGAAUUUAUUUUCUAUCAUUUUGAGGGGUUGUGAGGCAAUUAAGUAAACCCAUCUUGGUAAUGGCUAAGGCCUAAGGCUAAUUAAGGGUUUACAUAGUAGUAAUAUUCACUGGAAUUAGUGAAAAGUUCUUGAUGGGGUGUGUUUUUUAUGACCUUUUAUCAAGAUAUAUUGAUCGAUAAAUUGGGGUAUUUUAUAUGCUUAUUAAUUAUGUGAUCACCCUGGUUGAUUCA